GGAGGGAACCUUCAAAAGAGACCCAGGUUCACCCUGCGUGGAGUGUCAGUCGCACCCGGAGACAGGACGUGACCACAUGUUCCUCUUGACCCUCUCUCAUCGUUCCCAUCGCCCGUCCACUGCUGCCAUGGUUACCUGUCAAACUAAUUUGUUGGCCCGCCUGGCGUUGAUUGGGGCUGUGUUCUUCUUCUGGGGUGUUGAAGGAAAACUCCCUGACCUCCCAAUGAGUGACGGGUGUUUCCGCUUGAAGCCAGAGGUGCCACUCUACAGGCGGGAGGGCGAGGCGGUGGUCCUGGCCUGGGGCUUCCUGGGCAGAGUCCUGCAGGUACGCAACUUUGCCUCGCUGAACUCCACCUACCUGAUCACCAAGGGCAACACAACGGGAAGUGUGGCCGAGGGGAGUGAGGGCCGUGUCCGGCAGAACGGCGGGAUUCUUUGGCUCCUCCCAUCACAGAGCUCAGACUCCGGAGAGUACACCUGCUACUACAGGACUCAGUCGGUGUGUGUGGCGGGGUCCAUCUCUAUCAAGGUGUUCCCCGAGGACUCGGUGGACGUGAGUAAGCUGUUGUAUCCCCACCAGACCAUCAUGGGGCAGCCUGCCACCGUCUUCUGCCCUUCCAUCAGCAGCUUCAAAACCAUACAGCACGUUCAGUGGUUCAAGGGUUCCAGUGCCAGUGCCCAGCGUCUUGAGUCAGCCUCCCAAGGCAAGGACCUCCAACUACCGACUGUGGGGACCUCUGAAUUGGGCCUCUACACCUGCCUGCUCAUGGUGCUCAUCAACCAGUCCCAGUACACUGUGAGCAGGACCGUCCUGCUUCAGUCUGACGAUCCCCUGAUUCUGCCUUCAAGGACAACCACAGACCUUUCGGUGACCUCCGCGACCUCUGACCCCAGCGUCCAUCCCAAAGACAGAGAGACUACAGUUGACAGACUGCCUCCCCCCGUCAUCUCAGCUCCAGUCAACGGAACUGUCUAUCAUGCCGAACACGGCUCAGGACUUGAGUUGCGGUGUGAGGUGUGGGCUGGCUGUCAAUCAACUGACUCAACUCUGGUCACAUGGACGGUGGAUGGCCAAUCCGUUGACUCCUCAUACCUCAAUCCGCGGGCUUUGGAAGGUGGUAGGAGGGUAACCCAGAGGAUGACUGGCGAAUGCCAGGUUGAGGUGAGGCUGGUCAUCAUCGCGCUUACAAAUAGGGACACGGAGGCGGAGUUUAAAUGUGUCACUCACAAUGAAGGCGGGACACGGGAAGUAGUUGUGCAGCUGAGGCUGGAAGACACCCUGUCCACCUGGGCAGUGGUCGGGUCGGUGAUCGCCGGCUGCUUCCUCUCAGUCGUCUCUGUCUUCUUCUACUUCCUGUUGAAACCACAACGCAAGGCCGACUACUUUCUGACCCGUCAGACAAGCGUCUGCUAACCACGCCCACAGAGACCACCUCCAACGAAGCCACGCCCAUCAGGCCAAGGCUGCACUCCACAAGGCUAUAGAUUAAAUUUGUGUUUGGAUUCUAUGGGAAUUAUCUGAACCGCAGGCUUAUUAUUUAUCAUGCUCAUAAAACACUGUUGAAACACAGCCCGACUAUCACUCUGGUAUAGACUUGAAUUAACUUGUUAUGUGAUGUUUCAGAAAUGUCAUAAUUACAGCGCUAGUCCUACAUUGUUGCUACAAUUGUACAAUAUUCAUACCUCAAUACAAAAAUACAACAUUCUGCUGUAUUUAUUUUUGUUUGACUUGUUUUUACCUCUCUGGACUGUUGUCUUUAAUAGUGUUACUGGUCAUCAACUGUUGCUCUAAUGGUCAUGGCCACCAUGUGUCAUGCUCACCAAUCGUUAUGUCGUGUUUUCUUACCCAAGGGAAAUUGCAAUAGUAAUGUUUCAUAUUUUUGAUUCUGUCCAUAUACCCUCCUUCAUCAUAUAUUAAAAGUAUACCUUCAUGGA